CUCCCUGCAAGCGGCCGGAUUUACUCUCCCGCUCUCAGCGCAGCCGCCGCCGCCUCCGCAGGAGCUUUUUGGAGCCGCUCGCGGGCGCGCUGCCCGGGCAAGUGCCGGCCGGCCGCGCGGUAAGAUCCAGUCCGGGUUUUCACGCCUCUCUGCAGGUGGAGCCCGACUCCGCCGGGGACAGGAAAAGCCCGCGGCUGCUGCUGCUGGCCGAGCCGGUGCGCUUCUCGGGGCAGGCUGGCGCACACGUCGGCGCGGCGCGGCAGCUCCGGUGGUGCGUGGUGGGGUGGCCUCCCCCCCCCCGCAGCAGGCAAGGAGGGCGCCCCCCGCCGCUGGCGAGCCCCCCCCCGCCGCCCCCCGAGAGAGCCGAUCCGCAGCCCAGGGACGGCGGGACCAGACUGCAGGGCAACGGCUGGCGUUCCUGCCCUCUGAUUCCCUCCGGCACCCAUAAAGCCGGCAGCCAGACGUCGGCUUCUCAUGGUUUUUGAGACAUUUCUUUAGAUUUCCACCUGUGCAUGGACACACUACCUGGACAUAACCCCGCCGAGGGACCGUUUCAGCUCACACAGGCAUGCAGCGUAGAGGACCGCAGCGCCAGAGAAAAGACCUGUGCCCUGAAGUUCAGGCUUGGCUCCUGCAGCGAGUGCUUCUCUGAGCAAUGCUGGUAUAAAAGAGUCCUUCUGCCCCACCCCACCCAAAACACACACGUUCUAAUUCGGACUGCAUGGUAUCCCUCAGACUCUCGGGCCAAGACUCUGCCCAUGGCCUUGUCAGCCCUCUGAGUUGCUUCUGAGCCAGCGGCGCCUUGAUUGGCCGAAGCACGCAGAGGGGAAGAUGCUGGACCUCAGCUUUCUGACGGAAGAGGAGUACGGCAAGCUGAUGGCCGUGCUGCAGAGGGAUGCCGAACUCAAGAAAAAGGAUGGAGAUCGGAUCAGACGACUACAAGACUCCCUGAGGGACGAAAAGAAGAAGAAAUUUGUGACUGGUGAAUGGUUUCAUGAUGUGAAGGCGCAGCGAUUUCAGGAGACGUUGGAAGGCUCUGAUCUCCUUCGAGUGUCAAUCAGAAAGAAAAAGAGCCACACUGAGCAUGAGGCCAGUGAUUACGCCCGAGAGAGUCUGGAAAGCAGAGAGGCCCGGCUGCCAUCUGAAGACACGACAGCUGUGACCUCUCCUGCGUCGGAAGAAGAAGAAAGAUCUCAUGAACCCGCCUUGGAGUCUGCAGAAGCACACAGGACCAAGCCAAAACCAAGACUGAAGCUGUCUUCCCUACCAUCCUCUACAGAAAAGAGAUCCAGCCUAGAAGAUAUCUCUCCAGCAGACAGUGGUGUUGGCGUAAGUCCAUUCUUGGCUACAAGGAACAACUCACAACUGUACGGAAAAGGUUAUGAAAUACACUCGGCAACAUCGGCAAAGUUUUCUGAGAAGGACCUUGAUGACUUUCCUUACUCAGCUGGAGUGGAUGUGCCUGAUACAGCAACAGAGAGUCCAGCAAUCCAACCUGUUCCACCCAAAGACACCAAUGCCGCCUGCAGCAAGAUACCAGUUAAGAGGAGGUCUAGCAAAGGUAUCUCUUCUCCCAGCACAGAUGCCAGUCAUCGGUCUGAGAAACCAGAGUUGGGUCUAUCAAAGAAAGAGUUGUCAAAAAGCUCAAAUUUUCCUUCUGCAGAGCUGGAAAAUGGCCCAAAGACACCCCCAGGUGGGCGCUGCGUGAAGCAAGGGGCCAAUUAUACGAUCUCAUCUAUCAGCAGUAAAGAUGACGAAACUGGCCUGGAUCGAGAACGUUUCAAGAACCUGAAGAACUUUUGGGAGAAGGGAGGCGAGUCUUUCUUGGCUAAGAGUGUCUCUGAGGAACCUUUCGAAAUGGCCAGCAGCAUGGAGGUCAAUGGGAGGCCGACGCGACUGAACCGGACUCUCUCGGCACAGUCCAACCAGAGCCAACAUGAAGACAACCAGCUCAAUUCUAACAUCUACCCCAAAGGCAGAAUCCCCUACAAAAAGACAGCCACCUUGUCAUCCAGCGAAGAUGAACCCACUUACAUUGCACCCCCGAGGAAAGCAUCGGUCUCUUCGGUCCCCAGAUCCACAUACGGCAGAAGCAAAGGGGCAGCCGCGGUCCAUGGGAAUGGGAAGCAGAAUCCCAUGGAAGAGGAGAAGAAAGUGCCACGCUGCCCUAGGCGAUCCAAACUGCCGGUCCGGGUGCCUUCUGUCAAAAUAGAGUCACCGACCAAAGAGCGGGGUGGGAUCCUUUUUGAGCCAGAGACGCCCGCAGAUGAGUUUGUCAUGGCGGAAGAGAGCAAGCAUAAGAGAGAUUCGUUGGCUGGCAGGGUUCAGAUAUUGAUAGAAGCUGCAUCUUUGGAGGAGAUUGAUAAAGCGGUCAGUGCUAUGGAAAUAGGUUCUGACCCAGUCACUCAAAACAGCCUGGACACUGAGGAGGAGAUGCCUGAGGAUGAAUCUUCUAGUCCUGCAGGGGAUCUGCUGCAGAAUGACACCGCAGGUGAAAGAGAAGUCCCUCAAGAAAUGGAUUCCUCUAUGCUUUCAGAAGGAAACGGGCGUCAUUCUCCUGUGGCCAAGAAGCAAACACGCAGCAGUGGCUUCAGUCUUGCAAAAAGCAUGGUGAACCUCUACACAUCCACAGAGACCUAUACCAAGCCUCAGAUACUAACCCACCAGUACCUUGAGCCUGAGAGAGCCAAAGACCUGAGCAAAUCGACUCCCUUGCUGCUUUCUGAGACAGAGUCAGACACGGCUUCCGAAAUCAGCUUCCAGUUCAGCAGGCACAAGAAGUCGCCGAGCGUGGGCAGCCAUUCUUCGGAUAUGGCCUCUGUCUCUUCGGUCAGCGGCAGCGUCCUGAGUGUGUACAGCGGUGAUUUUGGGAGCGUCGAAGCCCAGGGACUCGUUCAGUUUGCCUUGGAUUACGACGAGAAAAACCGAGAAUUCCAAAUUUACGUUUCCCAGUGCAAAGACCUGGCCAUUGUGGAUGAGAAGAAAGGCAGGACGGACCCGUAUGUCAAGACCUACCUGCUUCCAGACAAAGCGCGGAUGGGCAAGAGGAAGACAUCCGUGAGGAAGAGGACCGUGAGCCCCAUUUACAACGAGGUGUUGCGGUAUAAAAUAGAGAAAAUGGUUCUGCUGAUUCAGAAGCUAAGUCUUUCGGUGUGGCACAAUGACCCUUUGGGGAGGAACAGCUUCUUGGGUGAGAUGGAAGUAGACCUGGCCGGCUGGGACUGGAGGAACAAUAAGCUGAACUGGUAUAUGCUGAAACCCCGGUCUCUCUCUACAAUCAAUUGCGUUGACCAUCGAGGAGUGAUAAACCUGUCCAUUAAGUACAUCCCACCAGGAUCCCUAGGUCGAAAGACCCCUCCGUCUGGGGAGGUCCAUAUCUGGGUCAAGGACACCAAAGAUCUGCCCCAGUUACGUCCCUCCGGAGUGGACUCCUUUGUGAAAUGCUACGUUCUUCCGGACACCAGUAAAAAGAGCUACCAGAAAACCCGCAUUGUCAAGCGGGACUCCAACCCGGUGUUUAACCACACCAUCGUGUACGACGGCUUUCAUACAGAAGAUCUGAAGGAUGCCUGUGUCGAGCUGACCGUCUGGGAUCAUGAGAAACUGACCAAUCACUUUCUGGGAGGUAUCCGGCUGGGACUUGGGACAGGCUCCAGCUAUGGGAUUGCCGUUGACUGGAUGGACUCCACACAAGAGGAGGUCGCAUUUUGGCAGGAAAUGAUGACCACGGCGAAUGAAUGGAUUGAAGCGUCCCUGCCUUUGCGCUCUCUGGCUGGAAAAAGGAAGCUGAAAUGAACAGCUGGCAGCAGCCCACAGAGGAACGGAGAACCGUUUACACAGAGAAGAGGGCCAAUGCAAAGCUGGCUGACCUCAGGAUUGCCUGUGCAAUGGACUUCGAAAGGACAAGGUAUUAUUACUCAUCCCAAGAGAGGACUGAGCGGAUUUUACAUCCCAGCUAGCUGAAAGACCUGCUGCUCGUCACCUCUCCAUCAUCUAGACCUUCGAUUUUAUUCGACUUUGGGUUUGUACCCAGAGAGCAGGGAAGAAAUUGUGUAAAUAUGUUUAUAGUUUAUUUUAUUACAGUGUCCAUGUUGCUGUUUCGUUUGUGCCUCCCCAUAGAGGAAGUUAUGACAAAACUUUGGCUAGUACAGCCACCAGUACACACAGUAUCACAACAAAGUUGAAGCAAACCAUGAUGCAAAUGAAACAUGAAAAAUCUGUACUAGGAUAUGCCUGGGUUACCAGCUCUCCAGGAUUGACUGAGAGUUCUCCAGGAGCUGGCAUUCAUCUCCCAUCCACAUGUUAUGUUCAACACUUGUACAGGUGCACAAUGUAUACAGGUACAGAUCUGCACACAGGUACACUCAUUCACAUGUUAUGCUGAACACAGGUACAGAAGUACCUCUCUAUACCAGGCAUUUGAAGGGCCUGUAUCCAGGUUCACUUUUGAAACGAACACAGGUACAGUACAGUCAUUCACACAAACACAUGUACAGCAUAAUGUUUGAAUCGGGCUCAGAAUGCUGAAGAUUUUAAUGGUUUGAUAUAAUGAAAAAUAUUUCAUUAGUGAGUCUCCAGGAAGCACUUCAGUCUGCUAUCGGACCACAAUCCCAUUUCUGACCUUUUGUGUGCUGACCCCUGGAAACAAGUGUUGAAUACAGUCUAAUCCAACAAGGUACUUCCUACAUUCUUAAAGGGGAAAGGGCAUACCCCAAGAGAGAUCCCUGUGGGAUUUUAAAGACGAACAGAUUUAUUGGGGUCCCUGGUGAAAGAGCCUCUUGUCCACAAAAACAUUUGUUGCAAUAAAUCCACCAGUCUGUCUGACUGGUACAAGAUUGGAGAAGGUCCAAGGUUGAAAUCAUUUAAUGUUGGGGUACUGUAACAGACUUCACAUGGCUACCCCUCAAGAAUUUAAUAUGGGCAACUUACACCUUAACUGCUGCAAAAUCCUGAAUGCCUGUGUUCUUGCUUCGUAAGUUUAGACCACAGAGAAUCUAGUAAGGGGGCCGGGUGACAGGCCACAGAAGAAUUAAGCCUUCCUCUGCUGUAAGAGUUCUCAGCCGAUGCCAUUGUAAUCCCCAUAUGUGGUUGGACGGCAAUUGUCAUCACCAUGGUGGCUGGGGAUGAUGGGAGUUGUAGUCCCAACAGCUGGGGACCCAAGGCUGAUAAACCCUACCUGACUAUAUCCUAACUGGCUGCAGUGGUCUUCAGGUGGGGGCCUUUUCCACCCCCACCCACCUACUUGAAACUGUAUAUUCAGUCAUAGGAACAUAGGAAGCUGCCAUAUACUAAGUCCAACCAUUGGUCUCUCUAGCUCAGUAUUGUCUACCCAGACUGGCAGCGGCUUCUCCAAGGUUGCAGGCAGGAGUCUCUCUCAGCCCUACCUUGGAGAAGCCAGGGAGGGAACUUGGAACCUAGAUGCUCUUAGCAGUGAAGGGAAUAUCUCACAGUGCUCACAUGUGGUCUCCCAUUCAGACCCUGCUUAGCUAAGGGGACAUCAUGUUUGCUACCACAAGACCAGCUCUCCUCUCUAUAUGAUGUCUGCAAAGAAUGGAUCUUUGACAAGCCAGGCAUGUUCUCUCUCACUGAGUUGUGGUCUCUCCUCUGGCAUCCAAAGGCUUUAUUUAUUUGACAGAGCUGUGCUCUUUAGUGGACGCAUUAAACGUCGUUACUCAGAUUUUCCUUCCUUCCUUGCCGUUCCUGUUAAGGCAAACCUAUGCAAAUAACUCUCUUUGUAACGGGUAUGUUCAUAUAACCAAGAUGUCCCUUACCUUCAUCAGGGGCAAAUAUUUGGCACUUUAUUCUGUUCAUUUCAUAAUCUGCGUUUAAAUGAACUCUAAUUUAAGAGAGAGUGCUUUAUAGGAUAUUAAUUAAUAUUUAAUACUGUGGUUAAUAGUAAUCACAGUAGCAGAUUAUGCUGUCCUUCAAUCUCUUUGCAGGGUGAUCAGGCAAAUACGUGGCAAUACCAUCUCUGUUUUACUUUAACAGUUGAAAACACUUUAUAAACCCGCAAAAUAGGUACUGGUCAAUGUCAUGAACAGGCCUGGAAGGCUUUUGACAAGUGUGAAGAUACCGUCCUUGUUCUCUACGCUUCACGACCUGGCUAUAUGACUUUUAUGCAUUUCACUGGGAAGCAGGAAAAAUAUUUCUUAAUGCUGUAGGGCCUUGUGCCUUACACCUAUGAAAACAUGUCUUGAUGUUUAACUUAUACAUAAUAAACCAAAAGAUUUUGUUUGUC